CCACUAAUAAACCCCCAGCCAUUAAACAAAGCUAGUUAAUCGCAAAGCGAGCGCCCUACGCCGGCCUUUCGCCGUGAGCCAGUAGCCGCCCUCGCGCCUCGCCGCCAUAAAUACCACGUCCGUGUGCUCCUCGCCUCACACCACCACACGGAGCAGCCUCAGCGCACUAGCUCGCACCUUGGGCACCACCGCACGCCGGACCUUGUCGAUCGGUUAAAGGGGCGACGAUGGCCAAGGACAUCGAGGCGGCGCCACCCGGCGGGGAGUACGCGGCCAAGGACUACUCCGACCCGCCGCCGGCGCCGCUCUUCGACGCCGAGGAGCUGACCAAGUGGUCCCUGUACCGCGCGGUGAUCGCCGAGUUCGUGGCCACGCUGCUCUUCCUCUACAUCACCGUGGCCACCGUCAUAGGGUACAAGCACCAGGCGGACCCCGCCGGCCCCAACGCCGCCGACGCGGCCUGCAGCGGCGUGGGAAUCCUGGGCAUCGCCUGGGCGUUCGGCGGCAUGAUCUUCGUCCUCGUCUACUGCACCGCCGGUGUCUCGGGUGGCCACAUCAACCCGGCAGUGACCUUCGGGCUGUUCCUGGCGCGUAAGGUUUCGCUGGUGCGCGCGGUGCUCUACAUCAUCGCGCAGUGCCUGGGCGCCAUCUGCGGCGUGGGGCUCGUCAAGGGGUUCCAGAGCGCCUUCUACGUGCGCUACGGCGGGGGCGCCAACGAGCUCAGCGCCGGCUACUCCAAGGGCACCGGCCUCGCCGCCGAGAUCAUCGGCACCUUCGUGCUCGUCUACACCGUCUUCUCCGCCACCGACCCCAAGCGCAGCGCCCGUGACUCCCACGUCCCAGUGCUGGCUCCCCUGCCAAUCGGCUUCGCGGUGUUCAUGGUGCACCUGGCCACUAUCCCGAUCACCGGCACCGGCAUCAACCCGGCGAGGAGCUUCGGAGCUGCCGUGAUCUACAACAACGAGAAGGCCUGGGAUGACCACUGGAUGUUCUGGGUGGGGCCAUUCAUCGGGGCCGCCAUCGCCGCCUUGUACCACCAGUACGUGCUGAGGGCCAGCGCCACCAAGUUCGGCUCGUCUGCCUCCUUCGGCAGCCGCUAGAUGGUCGGAGGCGUAUGAACUGUAGAUAUGGCAGAGGACAGAGGGGCCUCCGUUCGGGUCCCUGGAUUCUGCUGGUCUUUGCGCGCGUCUCUGCUUUCCUCUGCUCGCCGCCCGCGCUUGCUGCUUGUUUUCUCUACCGAUCGAGUGUGUCUUCGUCAGUCAGUGUUUGCUUCCAUGUAAUGUUUAUGAAUGAUGAGGAUGAUGUACUGUCAUGUCAUGUACGCAUCCAGGUAACUUGGGGGGGGAAUUUGAAAUGCAAUGUGUACGUACGGUUCGGUUUGUGAGCUGAUUGCUUGUUUCGUACUCCCAAGCAUACGUCCCUACCAGCAAAUCUGAUGAAAUCUGUUUGGUUA